CACUCUCCGUUUCCACGCCGGAAGCUGGCACUCCAGCCGCGGAAGAGGCGCCACCUUCGACUUGCAAUGUCCGCGAACAAUAUGUCGGACCCACGGAGGCCGAACAAAGUGCUGAGGUACAAGCCUCCGCCGAGCGAGUGUAACCCGGCCUUGGACGACCCGACGCCGGAUUACAUGAACCUUCUUGGCAUGAUCUUCAGCAUGUGCGGGCUCAUGCUCAAGCUGAAGUGGUGUGCGUGGGUGGCCGUUUACUGCUCCUUCAUCAGCUUCGCCAACUCUCGUAGCUCUGAGGACACUAAGCAGAUGAUGAGUAGCUUCAUGCUGUCCAUCUCUGCUGUGGUGAUGUCUUAUCUGCAGAACCCUCAACCCAUGACGCCCCCCUGGUGAUGAGCCUAGAGAAUCACACCCUGGACCCCUAUGUACACCUUUCCUCAGGCCUGGACCUUGGCUGCUCAGCCUCCUGCCCUCAGCUAACACUCUGGGCUUCUGUGGGUGAGGUCCUCUCAGGGCCUGUAGCUGAAUGAAGGCCCCCCGCCCCAGCCCAUUCCCACUUAUGUUGGGGCAGAGAGGGGAAUAUUGUAGUCCUCCUCUUGCCUGCCUUCCCCACCCUGCCUGUUGCUGGGAGAGAUGCUAGCCAUGUUUCUAGAUGUAUCCACCUGUUUUCUUGUUGAAACCAGUGAAGAAUAAAGAUUUGCAAUCUAACUGCUGUGACCUUUGUCCUGUGUGU